AUGAAGGAAAAGGCGGAACGCAGCCGCCUGCCCGGGAGGACCGACGCUCUGAGCGGCGCUGCCGGCCCCGCCGCCGCCAUUUCGCGGCGCCCCCUGCCCUCAGCGCGCGGCCGGGCCCGGGGCAGCGCCGGCGGCUGCUCCCCGCCCCGGGGCGGGCCGGGCGUGAGGCGGGGAAGGGCCUCGGGGCAGCGGGGCCGCUAUAAAGGCAGUGCCGGGGCGGCAGCGAGGCGCGCCAUGGCCAACCUGUCGCAGUGCCUGGAGGAGGGCGCCGGGCGCUGGCCGCCGCGCCCGGCCGGGCUGGAGCUGGGGCUGUACAGCGAGGCGCAGCGGCUGGCGCUGGAGGAGCUGGUGGCGGGCGGCCCCGAGGCGCUGCGGGCCUUCCUGCGGCGGGAGCAGCUGCCGCCCUUCCUCUCGGAGCCCGAGGUGCAGGCCAUCGCGCGGGGCGCCGUGCCGCCCGCCGCGGCCGAGGAGGAGCCGCCGUCGCUCGGCGCCUCGCCGGCCGCCUCCUCGCUCACCUACUUCCCCGAGCGCUCGGACGUGGAGCCGCCGGCGCUGGAGCUGGGCUGGCCGGGCUUCGCCGGCGGCGCCUUCCGCGGGCUGACGCGGGUGGAGGCGCACUUCCAGCCGGGCUGCGGGGAGAGCGGCUGCGGCUGCAAGGAGGCGGUGCGGCGGCAGAUCCGCUCCGCGCGGCAGAUGAUUGCCUUGGUUAUGGAUUCCUUCACAGAUACCGAUAUUUUCAGAGACCUCUUGGAAGCUUGUAGCCAGCGGCAAGUUAAAGCAUAUAUCCUUCUAGAUCAGUCUUCAUUUUCCCACUUUCUGAAAAUGUGCAGAGAUCUGGGAGUUGACCUUGAACAGGAAAAGUCGAUGAGAAUUCGAAAUAUCACUGGGAACACAUACUACACAAGGUCAGGUGCUAAAAUUGUUGGAAAAGUCCGUGAAAAGUUCAUGUUAAUCGAUGGCAUUAGAGUGACAACAGGCUCCUACAGUUUUACAUGGACAGAUGGGAAGCUGAACAGCAGUAACAUUUUGAUCCUGUCAGGCCCUGCAGUUGCACACUUUGACCAGGAGUUUCGGAUUCUUUAUGCACGGUCAAAGCCUGUCAACCUCAAAGAGUUUUCCAGCAGCAAGAAGAGUAAGGUGUUGGAUCAGCUGGUCAGGAUAACAGUGGCUUCCAGAGACUUAACCAGGGAAAACUUCCUGAGAAUGGAGUUUUUGUAUCUUAGAGCAUUUGUAGGAAAUCUAAAAAGGAAGCGAAACUGGCUGCAUGCCUCAAGGGAGGCAGUCUAUGUGUCAAAUAAUGCAAUGCAUGCUUCUCCGCCACUGACUAAGAGGAAUGGCUCUCAAGUUAUGAGACCACACUGGAUCGUAGAGAGAUGAAUUGCAAGUUCACUCACAGUGAGACGCAGAACCUCGAAACCAUGUCCCAUGGUCCACGUCUUACAUGACAUACUGUCUUACAGCAUGUGUGUGCGAGCAGCUGGGAAACCAACCUCAAACUGAGACAAAGGGACACUGGAGUCGUGGUUUCAGUUGAACACUUCUAUACUGCUGAGCAACAGAUACAGUUAUGGUAUUGUCUUAGGCUGAGAAGUGCUUUAAUACCAAAGACAACAGAAUUCCCAGCGCCUGGAAAGCCAUUAUUGACUUGCAGUUUUUCAUUUUUCAACCUGUUCUUGAAUGGUUUAAGCUAAUGGGUUAGCAAUGUCUUGGCUCAGUGGCUCAAACUUUAUUUUCUAUACCCAGAUACCUUAAAUAUGUAUAUAUUGCUUAAAGGGCUUCUCAGGAUGAAUAUCAGGACUGCUGUACAUUUCUGAAAUCACUCUAAGCUUGAUCUUGUGCUCCACAAACCGUUUCAUGACAGAACUGAAGUAGUCAUAAUCUAGAAAAUAGAUAAUUACCAGUCCUAGUUCUCAAAUGUUACGUCUUCUUCACAUGAAGCUGUGCAGCUGGCAGAACGAGUUAACACAUCAGGCCAUCACAGUUUUCUCAUGACUGAAUUUCAAAUUACCUUUUCUCUUUGGUAAUAAGAAUACUUGUUGACCAUCACAAAAAAUCUAUUUUAAAUGCCUGCAAUCAAGGGGUCAUCUUACUAAGAAUUUACUAAUAUUUGUAGCAAAGCCAAAUAAUACAUUUUUUUUGGCAUUACAUACCUAUUUUGUGGUUGCUACUACUGCCUGCUCUUAUGGGGAAAAGCUGAUUAGAUCUGAAAUCUGGAAAGAUGCUGCUACUUCUAAAAAAACCUUACUUCCACCUGACAGGUAAUAAUGUGGAAGUCAGAAGCAUUUAAUUUUAAAAUUUCAUGUCAGCUCAAUUUUUUAAAAAUCCAUUGCUUUCUGGAGAAGAAAAAUAAAUGAAUAAAACACCCUCCCAAACUGUUGUACUUAGAUGCACUGACGUUCCACCAGCCUUCCAGUGCAGAAACUCCUGGUAACCCAACCAUGGUAGCCAUGUCUCAAGAUGUUCUUGGGGCUCUGCUGCUGCAGAAAUCUUGGGUAUAUUCUUGCCUAAGUAGAUUCUUGUGGAUUCUGGGCCUCAAAGGGGAAUCUAUAAACUUAGCUAGGGAAUGUUGUAUGGGUCUAUGUUAAACGCCAGUAGGACAAUAUUAAAUUGAACAUGCGAGUGUACAGAAAUGGUCUUUACUGACAAUGCGAUAAUGUACUGAUUAGGAUACAACUACUGUGUGUCCUUCUACGCUAACAAACACGGAAAUGUAAUAGUUCUGACUCCUAAUUUGUAAAUGUUUAAUAGUUUAUAGGUUAAUAGUCUUAGGUUUUAUCCUGAUGUAAAAAAAAGUUUUAAAUAUAUAUUUUUAUUCUUAACUAUAUUUUCCGUAAAGGCAAAAUGAUAAUUUUGUACUCUAUGCAAAAUGUUGUUUGUGCAAUAUUACUUUCACAGCGAUGAUUGUCUGUAUAUCUGUUUUCUCAAAUACAACUUUUUAACUUUGUUGUUCAUCUCAUUAUUUUAAUAGGGCACUAUUUCCAUAAAGUAGGACUUUUUUCUCAGCAGUUGUUAAUAUAUUGAUGGUACAAACUUCUGUGGUAACAAUUGUGUUUACUUUUGAUAGUGGUUUUUUUUUUUUUUUCAAUCUGACAACUCCAUUGAAAUAAGUAGCUAGAAUUUUAAGAAUGUCUUUUAAAUAUAACUGAAUGAUGGUUUUAUCAGGGGCUUAUCCAGAGACAUAGCAGGAGUUACUGGGAAGUACAGUGUUACAAAGUGUACUCUGCUUUUGUCACCACAGAUGCACUGCUUGUGUGUUAAGUUAUUUAUGGAGAAUGAUUAGGAAUAUAAAAUGUGGUUAAUUUUUUCCUUAAGUGUGAAUUUUUGACAGCAUUACUUAUUGGAAACUAUUACUUUUUUUUUUUUUUAACUCUAUCUUAUACUUAAAUAAUUCAAACUCUAGAUUAAAUUUGAUUCAGUAAUAAUUCUAAUUGGUUGUAAUAACGCUGGCUGUAACUGUUCCUGUAAUUGCUUUCAGUCCCUCAGUUGCCUGGCGUGAAGUGCAAUGCCUCACGUUCGCAGU